AUGGCUGGGACACUAACCCGUGCUUUGCUUUUGCAGCCGAAGGGAAAGAAGGCCAAGGGAAAGAAGGUGGCUCCGGCCCCCGCGGUAGUCAAGAAGCAGGAGGCCAAGAAAGUGGUCAACCCCCUUUUUGAGAAGAGACCCAAAAACUUCGGCAUCGGCCAGGAUAUCCAGCCCAAACGGGACUUGACCCGCUUUGUGAAAUGGCCUCGCUACAUCCGGCUGCAGCGCCAGCGGGCGAUCCUUUACAAAAGGUUGAAGGUGCCUCCGGCAGUGAACCAGUUCACCCAAGCACUGGACCGCCAGACGGCUACUCAGCUUCUGAAGUUGGCUCACAAGUACAGGCCUGAGACCAAGCAAGAGAAGAAACAGAGGCUGCUGGCUCGGGCAGAGCAGAAGGCUGCAGGAAAGGGCGAUGUCCCGACCAAAAGGCCCCCUGUGCUGAGAGCAGGUGUCAACACAGUUACUACUUUGGUGGAGAACAAGAAGGCUCAGCUGGUGGUGAUUGCACAUGAUGUAGACCCCAUUGAGCUGGUGGUUUUCCUGCCCGCCUUGUGCCGAAAAAUGGGGGUCCCCUAUUGCAUCAUCAAAGGCAAAGCCAGACUGGGUCGCCUCGUCCACCGGAAAACCUGCACUUGCGUGGCCCUCACCCAGGUUAAUCCUGAGGACAAAGGAGCCCUGGCGAAACUGGUGGAAGCUGUCCGGACUAACUACAACGAUAGAUACGAAGAGAUUCGCCGUCACUGGGGUGGAAACGUCCUGGGUCCCAAGUCUGUGGCUCGCAUUGCUAAGCUGGAAAAAGCCAAGGCAAAGGAGCUGGCCACCAAGCUGGGAUAGAUGUAUCAGCUUUUCUGUACAGAAGAAUAAAAUUCUAAGCAAAA